AAGGACAAAAACACGAAGAGGAAGACAAUCUUCGAUCGGAAAUCAACAAUGGAACGGCACGUACGCCUUUUUCUCAACAGGCUCUCACUUGCUUUCGUUGCCAUAGCCACAUUCAUCCUCCUCUUGCUCUUCCUCCAAACCCCGGAAACCUGCGUUCCCCCAAAUUCCCCUUCAAAACCCCAUCUCAGAUUCCCCAAAUCCUCCUGCGAUUCCACUCCUCGCGAGCUCGUUUCCGUCGACAAGAAGAACAAGCGCCUCUGGUCCACCAAAGAUUGGCAGAAAAAGGUCUCCUCAUUCGUCCAAUUCUUCCACACCAUUCGCGAUCUAGGGCUUCUCCAUAACCACACCAAAGUCGUCUGUAUUUCUGCCGGAGCAGGCCACGAGGUCAUGGCGCUCUCUCAGAUAGGAGUCCUCGAUGUCACCGGCAUCGAAUUGGUCGAUUCACCGCCCUUGGUCAGUCGUGCUGAUCCACAUAAUUUGCCCUUUUUUGAUCAUGUUUUUGAUUUAGCGUUUACUCCUCAUUUGUCUGAGGCCUUGUUUCCGUCUCAAUUUGUCUCGGAAAUGGAGAGAGCUGUUCGUCCGAAUGGCGCCUGUGUGAUCGUCGUGGAGGAAUGUGGAGAUGCUGAAGUUAGGGAGAUUGUAGGUUUGUUUACUAAAUCGCGAUUUGUAAAUUCGAUCAAUGUGACGCUAACAGGGUUGAAAAUGACUCGCAUUCUAAUGAAAAGAAUUUCUCCAUAGAACGUUCGUUCGAUUUCUUAAUCUCCUUUUUCGAUUUCAA